UUCUGAUGCGAUUGUGAAAAAUUCAUUUGAAAUAUUUUCAGUUAUUAUGUCUUGGGGACAACAGCCUGGUCAAUACGGUGGGUAUGGUCAACCACAGCAUCAACAACAACAGUAUGGAGCCCCACCACGGGGCCCAGCUCCUGGGUAUGGAGCCCCACCUCAGGGAUCUGCUCCACCAGGCUAUGCCUCAGCUCCUCCCCAACAACACCAGCAACCCCCUGGUUAUGGUCAACAGGGGGCACCCCCUCCACAAUAUGGACAGCAACAGUUUGGAGGGUAUCAGCGACCACCAGGCCAACAAGGCCAGGUCCCAAUGUACGGUCAACCUGCAGGAUAUGGAGGAGGGGCACCACCACCCCCAGCUGCAUAUGCUCCACCCCCACCACCUGGAGUUAGUACAGAACUAUGGCACUGGUUUCAGGCGGUGGACCAGGACCGGAGUGGGAAGAUCACAGCUGUAGAGUUGAGACAAGCUUUGAUGAAUGGUAACUCUUCACCGUUUAACCCAGAAACCUGUAGAAUCAUGAUUGGAAUGUUUGACAAAGACAAGAGUGGGACGAUAGAUGCUCAAGAGUUUGCAGCUCUUUGGAAGUAUGUCCAGGACUGGAAAGGCUGUUUUGACAGGUUUGAUACUGAUAGAUCAGGAAACAUUGAUGAAAGAGAACUAAGCACUGCGUUUGAGACAUUUGGAUAUCGAUUAUCUCCUCAAUUUUGCAACAUUGUGAUCCGGACAUUUGACAAACGAGGUGCUCGGACAAUAAAUUUUGAUGAUUUUAUUCAAGCCUGUGUAAUGCUUAAAACACUGACGGAUAAAUUUCGAGUGAAAGAUACCCAGCAACGAGGGAUGAUAAAUAUCAGUUAUGAGGAGUUCCUGGAAAUGGUUUUGGACAAUACAUUAAUUGGUGUGAAGUAAAAAGUAUGGACUGUGAUACUUCAGCCCACCAGACAACUGUAGAUCAUCUACCAAUCAGUUUGUAACUAACUGAUUGUAUCAGCAUCAUGUUGAGUGGACGUCUACGAAAGAUUCAAAGCUGGACGUUUGUUUUGGACAUUAGGGAAAAAAAAAACCCCAAAAUGGGGCAAAAAGAAUUCUAUAUAAGUAAUAAAAGAUCUAUUCUUAUUGAUAAUGUUCUGCCUUAGUGGAUGAUAAAUGAGAUAAGAAUGUUAACUUUCAAGGGUCAUGACUAUGAAUAUUUCUCAAUGGGUACUGAGAAAUAUUAUUGUUGGGAAUUUAAAAACGGGAAAUGUUCUGAAACUUGAUGGUGCUAAAUUCAAAACUUCAUCCUGCUGAAAAGUUGAAAUGGAAAUUUAAAAUGUCAGUCGUUUAGCUGUUUCCACAAAAUUAAGUUCCAUCUUCAGUAUCGUCUAAUGUUUCCAGUUAAUUGUGAUUAUUGAUAUGUGAAUGGUUUCUUGUGUCAUACAAAGAUGUAAGGUGGGCGUUGUUUCUCUUCUUCUCCAACCCAAAACAUAUCUAUUGUUGUUUACUACAAACACAUGUUAUUGUCAGCUAGUGCUAUAAGGAUGAAUUUUUCAGUUGUUAUCUUAUUUUGAUGGUUUAAACAUUGCGCUAAAAUAUGACUGACUAAUUGCAGUUUCCAUAUGCUGUUUAUGCAUAUGCAUUAUGGAUAAGCGAAUACCCCAAAAAGUGGUAAUAUGCCAAAAUUUUAUAGCACCAAAUUCAGUUUGUUUGCAGUAAGCUCACGUCCUGACAUUGAGACGUGAUUUAUUGAUUGGUUCCCCUGCGUUUAAUGCUGGAUAAAUACAAUAAUAGGUUACUGUAUAUUGGGAAUUUUUUGUACUUAUCUCAUUCAAAUUUCAAAUUACAAAAAAAUUAAAAAAUACAAAAUGUGAAUGUUUUUUUUGUUGUUCAAGCACUAGUAAUACCUCUAUAGAAUUGAUGUAUCUACAUGCACUUUAACACUUUUUAGUUGUACUUCCAUAAUAAAUUAACACUAGUUAGUAUGUAAAUCUCUUAUCUAGUAUGACUGCUCAGUCAGAUCUGAUAUAUAUAUGUUUGAGCCAUGUCCUUUCUGAACUAUUCAAAGUUUUCUAAAGAGGCCUUUUGAAUAAGCAAUAAACACAAAAGGUACUUUUUCGCCGGAAAUUGCACAGCUCAAAAAUAUCCCAAUAUACGGUAUUUUAUGGAUUUUCAGUUUACCUGAUCUCCAAAUGUAAUAUACAAUGCGGAUAACGAUGUGUUAUUUUUCUGGUAGUAAGUGUACCCUAUCUAGCUCAGUAGAAUGAUGUUUACCAGCAGGUGAUUUUUUUUCCUGUAAUAAUCAUGAAUUUUGAGUCAGAGGUAGUAAGUUGUAACGAAGAAGAUUUUUCUGACAUUUGUAGAUUUAGAAUGAUUUAGUUAUUUAUAGAUACACUGUAUAUUAAACAUAUAGCAAAUCCUUUUUACUUUGAUACAAAAUCUGGGUAAAAAUUAUGUUACUUUCACAAUCAGUAUAGAUUUUGUAAGAUUUGAUAUUCUGAGUUGUUAGUGAGCCAAAGGUAGUAUAGACUAUUUGACCAUUAUAGUUUACAGUAUACAUGUACACCCAUUUUAUAUGACAAUGAAAGCUUUGUUAAAGCCGUAUAUAUUAUGGCUUAUAUAUCAUAUUCUAUACAUAUCCUAUUGUUAUCUUGUAUAUUCUGACACCUGGCUUUAGUGGCAUCUGAUAUCAUUUUAUGUUAAAUUCUGACACCUGGUUUAAGUGACACCUGGCUUUAGUGGCAUCUGAUACCAUUUUAUGUUAUAUCUGACACCUGGCUUUAGUGGCAUCUGAUAUCAUUUUAUGUUAAAUUCUGACACCUGGUUUAAGUGACACCUAUCAUUUUAUGUUAUAUCUGACACCUGGUUUAAGUGACAUCUGGCUUCAGUGACAUCUGAUAUCAUUUUAUGUUAUAUCUGACACCUGGCUUUAGUGGCAUCUGGCUUUAGUGGCAUCUGAUAUCAUUUUAUGUUAUAUCCGACACCUGGUUUAAGUGACACCUGGCUUUAGUGGCAUCUGAUAUCAU